AUGCAUAUAUCUGAUAUCUAUCUAUCUAUCUAUCUCUGUUCUUAUCUAUCUAUAUAUUCAUAUAUCAAUCUAUCUGUCCUAAUAUGUUCAUAUCUAUCUAUCUAUCUAUCUAUCUAUCUAUCUAUCUAUCUAUCUAUCUAUCUAUCUAUCUAUCCUAAACGCGUGUUUUGUCCUUUAUGGGAAUGCGUCCUCGGCCUUUUAUUUUGCGAGCGGAGAUAUCACGAAUUAUCCAUCCAUCCAUCUAUCUAUCAUCUAUCUAUCUAUCUAUCUAUCUAUUCAUCUAUCUAUCUAUAUCUAUUUCUGUUCAUGUAUCAAUCUAUCUGUCCUAAUAUGUAUCCUACUCUCUACAAAUCUAUGUAUAUAUCUGUAUCUCUACAUAUCUAUAUCUAUCUAUCUAUCUAUCUAUCUAUCUAUCUAUCUAUCUAUCUAUCUCAUCUAUCUAUCUGUCCUAAUAUAUUCAUAUCUAUCUAUCUAUCAAAAUCUAUGCAUCUAUCUAUCGUACUCUCUACAAAUCCAUGUAUAUAUGUAUCCUACUAUCUAUCUAUCUAUCUAUCUAUCUAUCUAUCUCUGUUCUCUAUGCAUAUAUCUAUAUAUUCAUCUAUCAAUCUAUCUAUCCUAAUAUGUUCUUAUCUAUCAUUCAUAUAUCAUAUCUAUCUAUCUAAUAUGUUCAUAUCUAUCAUUAUCUAUCUAUCAUCUAUCUAUCUAUCUAUCUAUCUAUCUAUCUAUCCUAAUAUAUACGCUAUUUUUACGAAUGAAUUCGAUCCAUCCAUCCAUCUAUCUAUCUAUCUAUCUAUCUAUCUAUCUAUCUAUCUAUCUAUCUAUCUAUCUAUUUCUGUUCAUAUCUAUCAAUCUAUCUGUCCUAAUAUGUAUGUAUGUAUGUAUGUAUGUAUGUAUGUAUGUAUCUAUCUAUCUAUCUAUCUAUCUAUGCUACUCUCUACAAAUCUAUGUAUAUAUCUGUCUCUCUAUCCUAAUCUCUACAUAUCUAUCUAUCUAUCUAUCUAUCUAGCCUACUCUCUACAAAUCUAUGUAUAUAUCUGUCUCUCUAUUCUAAUCUCUACAUAUCUAUCUAUCUAUCAUCUAUCUAUCUAUCUAUCUAUCUAUCUAUCUAUCUAUCUAUCUGUCCUAAUAUAUUCAUAUCUAUCUAUCUAUCUAUCUAUCUAUCUAUCUAUCUAUCUAUCUAUCUUUGUUCUCGUGGACACUUCACAUUUAAAAUCGAUAACUCUCUAUAUAACUAUCUAUAUAUCUCUGUUCAUAUCUAUCUAUAUAUCCAUCUAUCAAUCUAUCUGUCUUAAUAUGUUCAUCUAUCUAUCUAUCUAUCUAUCUAUCUAUCUAUCUAUCUUUCUUUGUAUCUCUCUUACGCUCGCAUCAUCGGCGCAGUCCACAAACCUCCAAAUUCACACGCGCAAGCGGAAAAGAAAAUUCACCAACUGCAGCAGCCUCUACCCAUAUGCAAGGUACAAUAUUUCACCGCCGCCUCUCAACCACUCACUUUCCUUCUUGACUAAUAUAAACCCAGUGAUAAAGUCCACGCUUGCAUACGUCUCCAUAAUACUACUACUGCACGCACGCGUUUUAACUUUCUACAUCAUUCAUGAAUUCGGUUCUUUCUUCAACGUGAGGAACGCGGCUCAAUGGACAAACGCCAUGUUUUUCUUUCCCUUUUUUAUUCAUACACAAAGGCUGAUAUACAUAUGUUUGUCUCUCUCUCUAUCUAUCUAUCUAUAUAUCUAUUUGUUUAUCUGUCUCUCUCUCUCUCUCUAUAUACAUAUGUUUGUCUCUCUCUCUAUCUAUCUAUCUAUAUAUCUAUUUAACUAUCUAUCUCAAUAUGUUCAUAUCUAUCUAUCUAUCUAUCUGAAUAUGUUUCAUAUCUAUCUAUCUCUCUAUCUCUCUAUCUCUCUCUCUAUCUAUCUAUUUAUUAAAGACAUUUUUAUGUUUAACGUUUCUGUUCAUAUCUAUCUAUCUAUCUAUCUAUCUAUCGUAAUUUGCUCACAUCUAUCUAUCUCUCUCUAUAUAUUCUGUUCAUCAUCUAUCUAUCUAUCUAUCUAUCCUAUCUGUUCAUAUCUAUCUAUCUAUCUAUCUAUCCUAACUAUUCAUAUCUAUCUAUCUAUCUGUCUAUCUAUCUAUCUAUCUAUCUAUCUAUCUCUGCCCAUAUGUAUCUAUCAAUGUAUAUGUCUAUCUACAUAUGCAUAUGUGUUUUUAUAA